AUGCCGAGCAGAUGGUCACGGAAUGCCGACCAAUACGGCAGUCUGGUGGCGGUGCGUGACCCACACCAGGACGGGAGCCCCGAGAUGACGUUCAGGCAUCUGUACGACACCAUGCAAAGCUUUGCGGCGGGCUUCCAUGAGCUGGGGGUCGCCAAACAUGACAAGGUGGCGCUGUUCAGUGAGAACUCGAGCCGCUGGCUGGUGGCUGACGGCGCCAUCAUGGCGUGCGGCGCCGCGGGGGUGGUGAGAGGCGCCUCCGCGCCGGCCGAGGAGUUGCUCUACAUCGCAAAGCACAGCGGAGCCGUGGGGCUGGUUGUGCAAGAUGGCGCGGCGCUGGGCAAGCUGCUGGCCGCGGGACAGGCGCAUGAGCGGGCGCAGGAGCCCAACCCGCUCCGCGCGCUCCGCUUCGUGGUGCUGCUGUGGGGAGAAGCCGAGCCAGCGCAUGUGUCAUCAUUGACAUGCCCGCUAUUGUCGUACAAUGACGUACUGCGGCGAGGCGAGGCGUCGUUGAAGGCGGGUAGCUUCUCGCCCGCUGAGGUGUCUCCAGACGACCUGGCAACCCUGGUGUACACGUCGGGAACCACGGGCCACCCCAAGGGCGUCAUGCUGACUCACGGCAACCUGACGUACCAGGUUCGCAACCUGUCGUACUUCCUGGCCGUGCAACCCGGAGACAGGGUGCUCAGUCUGCUGCCGCCCUGGCACAUCUACGAGCGCACGUGCUCCUACUUUGUCCUGAGCCGAGGUGGCCAGCAGGUCUACACCAACAUUCGGCGUUUGCGCGACGACCUAACAGCUUUCACCCCGGACCACUUCGUCUGUGUGCCGCUGGUGCUGGACACACUCCACGCCAGGGUGCGGCAGCGCCUGGCAGCGGGGCCCCGACACCGUGCCGCUAUCGCGACAGCGUUGCUGGCGGCGGGCGCUGCCUAUCACGCGCUGCCGCCGGCGGAUCGGGGAACGAGCGAUGGACUGGUGGCGACGGCGGCCGGCCUGGCGCGGCGCUGGGCACAGAUCCUAGGUGCCGCUGUGCUGGCGGCGCUAUUGACGCCGCUGCACUGGCUGGCGUCGAAGCUGGUGUACGGCAAGAUUCGCGAGGCGCUCGGCAUCCGCAAGACGGUGGUCAGCGGGGGCGGCUCCCUGGCCGCUCACCUGGACGACUUUUACGAGGCUCUGGGGCUCCCCGUGCUGAACGGCUGGGGUUUGACAGAGACGUCUCCAGUGCUGGCCUGCAGGAGGUCCGACCCGCCGGAGCAGAACAUACGCGGCAGUGUGGGUGUGCCCACUCCCGGUACACAGCUGCGUGUUGUGGACCCGGAGACUCUGGACCCCCUGCCGGAGGGGCGUCAGGGUCUGGUGCUGGCCAACGGCCCUGGUGUUAUGGCUGGCUACUUCCUUGAUGAGGAGGCCACAGCCCGGGCCUUCCGCGCGGGCGACGGCUGGUUUGACACGGGUGACCUGGGCUGGGUAGCCCCAACGGGCGUGACAGGCUCCCGUUGCGCGGGCCACCUGGUCCUGACGGGCCGGGCCAAGGACACCAUUGUGCUCAGCUCCGGGAAGAACGUGGAGCCGCAGCCCAUCGAGGACGCCGUGGCAGCGUCGGGCCUAAUCAAGCAUGUGGUACUGGUCGGGCAGGACAAGCGCGAGCUGGGGGCCCUUGUGUGGCCCGAUGAGGACGCUCUGUCGGCAACCCCGGAGAACUCGUUGUCGCCGGCGGAGCUGGAGGACCGCCUGUUGGACGAGGUGGCCAGGCUCAACUCCUCGCGCCCUGAUUAUCACCACUUCGAGCACGUGGCGCAUAUCACUGUGGUGCGUACACCGCUCAGCGUGGACGACGGCACCCUGACCCGCACCAUGAAGCCGCGGCGACCGGAGAUCAUGAAGCGGCACGCGGCCACGGCAGAGGCGCUACUGGCGAGGCUGCGAGGCUGAGGCAAGGGAGAGCUGAGCUGGAUUUUGGGAAUGCGCAAUGCUCAGCGUGUCCGGUCUGUACCUAACUGCCCAAUUCUUGUCUCCCGUCCACCACGAAGGGAUUGGAGGGGGAUAUAGUCUGGGCGUAGAGCUCUGGGGUUAGUUGUGAGGUGAUCUCGCUGCGUAGCGACUAGUGCAGUGAGGGAGUGGACUGAUGAGCGUAUUUGUUGGUUACCCAGGAGGGCUCUGUUUCGUUAUCCUUCGGCGAAUAUUUCGCCCUGACAUUGCAGGUAUUUAGAAAGGAUUGCAUUGGUCGCUUUCAAGCUCGUAUACCAGCAACACGCGUGUAUAGUGCAAGCCGGGCACCCAUGCGCGGCGAUAUGUUCCAAUCCUCAGUUCAGAUAUUGAACCGCACGUCUACAAGUGUUGUGCGUGUACUCGAUGUAUUUUUUCCCUGGUGUCUGUCGAAACGCAUGAUGCGUUCCGCUUGUGAUGCUCGCUCAUGCACAAGUACCCCGUAGGGGCGUAUCAUGGGUGGAUGGUGGAAGUCGUGAGUGUCUCUAGAGCAAGCUGUGUGGAAUUAACGGCAGCAUAUGCAGGUCCACAAAGCGGUCGCUAUGUUACAAUAAUAAUCCUGGCUCUGCAACUUGAAGAUAGGCACUGUACCCUCCGUGCGUGAAUCCGGCGCCACCUUUUAGAACUUCGCGUGCGGACACGUUCACCUCGUACUUGGUGAGGACGAAUGGCCUUGGCUAUAGCACGCGACGUCCAAGAACGUUCCCUGCCUCAUCCGUUUGGUUUCGAGUAACGUUUGGAUGCGUCCUGGCUCUGAGUGCAUGUUUGCAAUCAGCCAAAUAUUAAUUUGAUUAAGAUGACGAGGACGUUUAUUGGCACUAGUACUCCUGUCGGGUUGGAGACAGGCAGAAGGACAGGGGUAGGCGGCGGAAAGGGGGUAAGCCCUGCAAGGGUAUUUGGCACGGCAUGUAUGGACUCCCUUACCUCGAAAAUAGUGGACGGCGUGUAUACCGCCUAUGAUAGACAUCUUUAACGAAUUGGACUCCCGC